AUGGCUUUUACUCUUUGGCCUUCUGAAGAGCUCUGUGACUAUGAAGAAAUAAAACUGGCAGUAGUGAGCGGAAACCACCAGCGAGCACUGGCAGGCUACGAGAAGGCCCUCGGUCCUGACCAUACAUCCACUCUCGCUACUGUCAACAACCUUGGAAUUCCCUACACUGAUCUGGGGAAGCAGAAGGAGGCAGAGGAGAUGUACCAGCGAGCACUGGCAGGUUACGGGAGGGUCCUCGGUCCGGAUCACAGUAGGACCCGGACACUUGUAGACAGGUCAAAUGCCUUGAGCGCUGCAGAUGUGAAGUAG